AUGGCAACGGAGAAAUCAAGUAUCGACAUCUUCAUGAGCAUCAAGCCCGAGCACAUGAGCAACAUCGCAUCCGGUACAAAGAACCAUGAAUAUCGCAGUUAUCUCCUACCAUCAGAUGUGCGACGAAUCUGGUUCUACACCACAAAACCAAUCCAGCGAGUUGAACAUGUCGCCUACAUUUCCCAGGGUAAAGUACCCGGGCAAGUUCCAGAGGAUGGUGGUAUCGGAAAUGCGGAGUUCAACGCGGGCAUGAAGAAAUCCAACUACGCAUAUGAAAUUCUCAAGUUAUGGAAGCUGGAGCAGUCUGUAAGCUUGGAGCACGGUAUUAAGCUUGGCUUCUUUAAGGGUGCACCGCAAAAGUACUGCUGGGUGCCAUUGAGUGUUUUGGAGGCUUAUCCGUUGCUUCAGCAGCCUGUACUGUUUGAUAGACCGAGAGAAAGGGAAUGA